AAUUCACAAAUUUUCUAUAAAAGAAAUGAAGCCAAUUGUAGCAACGUUCGUGCUUAUCGCACUUGUACUCUUCAGUUCUUCUCUCUUUCAUUCCACCAUGGCUGCUUCAAGUUUCUGUGACUCGAAGUGUGCGGUGAGGUGCUCGAAGGCAGGGGCAAAAGAUAGAUGCUUGAAGUAUUGUGGUAUAUGUUGCAAAGCUUGUCAUUGCGUACCUUCUGGGACGUAUGGAAAUAAGGACGAAUGCCCUUGUUACAGGGACAAGAAGAAUUCUAAGGGCAAACCGAAAUGCCCUUAAAAAUCCGUUGUUGUUCAAUAAAUAUUUGAAAAUGUCAUGAUCGAGAUAUACAAAUAAAGAAUAAGUUGUUUUACGUUAAUUUUGUGUU